UAGCGCGGGUUGCAUGCUAGUAUGGCAUGUUUGGAGACCUGACCUGAUUUGAUCCCACGGUCGCGGGCAAAGACAUAGAAUCCAGCGAUCCCCGACCUCCGCCUCCCCUCUUCCUUUCUCUCCGUCUAAGGGAGGACGCCAAGAAGCCGACUCCUUUGAAUCGAACGCCGACCACCCCCUUCUCCUCUUCCUCUCGCUCCAUCUAAUAUUCUUGGGCGAAGAAGCCAAGUAGCCGACUCCUUUGAAUCGAACGCAAGAUUCGAACGCCGAAUAAUACAGAGGAUUCGAGCCCCACACAACCGGGUCCUGGUGGUUUUCUUAUUGGCUGAAAAUUUCGAAGCGAAGUCGGAACUUUUCUUCUUCUUUGGCGCGGCCGGGGAGACAGGCGAUCGGAUGGCGCCGAAGAGUGUGCUGCUGCCGGUGUCCGAUCGUCGGCGCGGCGGUGGUGGAGACGGCAUCUUCAAGGGCUCUGCCAUGUCCAAGCGAGGCGCCUACGCCGCCCUCUCCUACAUGGCCUGUGCCGUACUUCUUGUGAUGUUCAAUAAAGCGGCUCUAUCUUCAUAUAAUUUUCCUUGUGCUAAUGUUAUAACGCUCUUUCAGGCAUUUUAAUCAUGAUAUCAUGAUCAAUGAUGUGGAUCUUUGGUUUGGGUGCCCUAUUACUGGAUUUGAAGUUGAGAGGCUCUCUCCUCUCGAGGAGAGCAAAAUCCAUCUGAUAGUUUCAACAUGCAUUCUUUAUGCAAUGAAAUGCUGGAAGAUUAUUUCAUUUACAGCUGGGGAGCCACGGACUGCAUCUGAUGCAGCAAACCUUGUACCACUUGAGACUUUAUUGCAUACCCUUCCACUUUCAUCAGCGUAUUUGCUUUACAUGUUGGCUUCCAUGGAGUCUGUGCGUGGGGUAAAUGUUCCAAUGUACACCACCCUUAGACGUACAACUGUGGUGUUUACAAUGAUUGUGGAGUAUCUGUUAACUAGGCAAAAGUAUUCAUCUUCUGUGGUUGGCAGUGUGUCAUUGAUCGUUUUCGGUGCAUUUGUUGCUGGAGCUCGGGACUUUUCCUUCGAUGCCUAUGGCUAUUUCAUUGUUUUUAUAGCCAACAUCAUGACUGCAAUUUAUCUCGCAGCUAUAGACAGUGUUGGAAAGUCUAGCAGUCUCAAUAGCUUUGGUCUCAUGUGGUGUAAUGGAUUGGUCUGUGGACCGAUUUUAUUCCUCUGGACAUACAGUCGGGGGGAUUUGGAGCUGACAAUGAAUUUUCCUCACCUGUAUUCUCCUGGAUUUCUGGCUGUGAUGCUCCUUUCCUCUAUAAUGGCCAUUUUCUUGAAUUACAGCAUCUUUUUAAACACAUCCCUGAAUUCUGCAGUCACACAGACCAUGUGUGGUAAUCUAAAGGAUUUCUUUACCGUUGGAUUUGGCUGGUUGGUGUUUGGUGGACUUCCUUUUGAUCUGCUCAACAUUAUCGGCCAAUGUCUUGGUUUUGUUGGCUCUGGCUUAUAUGCCUACUGCAAACUGAAGGGAAGCAGUCAUUGAUCGGCUAAAACCUAUUUAUAGCAACAAUUCUCCCUAAAUGGAGUUCUAGUUAAAAAAAUAUGAAUGAUUCCCCACUGUUUUGGGGAUUAUUGAAGUGAUCUAACAGGAUUUUACUGAAGCAGCUUCAAGAAGUAAUUGUUGAAGCCAAAAUUUGGGUCAUGCCAUCAAGGGGGAUAGUUUUUGUGCAUAUUUUUUAUGUCAUUUGAUCAAAUCUAUAUAUCUAUGUACUAGAAUUGGGUAGGACAUGAUAAAUUGGUUAGGAAACAUCAAUUCUUGUUUGACCAAGAGAUAGAGGAUGCCUGACUAUCAAUGAGUUGUCGCUUCAGUGUUCCAGAUGAUUGGUAGAAAUUCAUUUUGUGGAUUUUACAUCACUAAUUCAUCUCGAAGAAGUCUUUUAAAUAUGUUUUUCA